AUGGGAAGUGACAAACACACCACUGACAAAAUUUGCAAUCUAACUAUGCUAAAAAAAAAUCACCAAUUCCACGUAGUCCCUAACAACUUUCCCCUAAUCGAAGACGGAAUAAUCGGACUUCCAUUCCUGACAAAGUACCGAUACAGUGUCACUAACAAUAAACUAACCUUAGACGAAAUUAUAUUACCAUUCCAGAAAACCGAUAGCAAGGUAGGACCAGGCGAAACUUUAACUUCAACCCAAUACAUCGAAGGGAAACCCACAACAGUAUGUUUCAUCAACACUGUCAUUUUCGGAGCCUCAGCCCAUACAGGAGAGACAUAUAGUACCAUCGAUUCUCAGAACAAUCUUCUAACUAGGUUAGUAGGACCAUUUAUGUUGGGAAGUAGUACUAUCAACACUCUGACUAAAUGCAUCAGCUGUACCGCAUAUUGUUUCCAGAAAUCUGCAAAUUUUUUAACCUGUAUGGUGGGACCAACCAUGCUUCUACCUCUGCGGAACCAUACUGCCUUUUGUGAUAUGGCUCCUGCCAGAUAUUUCUCAGUGGAGGAUUUAGAAAUAUUCCCCCAUAUAUUGCUCAUCGCAAGUAAUAUACUUAAGAUCCAAUAGGAAGUAAGAAGAAGGGGAUUAUUUCCUGGUUUUGCAAUACUACUCUGGCAAUUUUCCAUUUUUUAGAGACCCCAUCCACGCCAGCCGCCCGUUUAGAAUUUAAUCGUCCAAUGGCAUUUGCUAACUCCUCCAUUUGGACGGUGAUACAUACAUCGUCGUCUGUUACUUCCUGAAGUUCACGGCCAGUUAAGUGGAUUCAAUUUCUCCAUAGGACUUCAGUUAAUUGGAUCUAACUAGAAUUUCGUGUCAAUAAACAGAGUUCAGAUAAAUGGAAUUUUACUGGCAUCUUAAUAAAUCCACGCCUUAAAAUUCGACCUAUUUGUAAUAUAGUUAUGAAAUUGAAAUUUCCCUUCAAGAUUACAUCAUAUUCCAACACAAUUUCUUCUCCGUAAAAUAAUGCAAAUAUUUUCAAUUAAAUAUGUUACAUUUUCUUACAUUAUUUAAUAAUCAGAGAUGGAUCGAUUAAUAAGAAAUUUUUUAUUAAAUUUUUUUAAACUAAAAUUUUAUACGUGAGGUUUAUCAAAAUACUUAAAAUUUUACAAAAUAUAUGUAAUAAAUAUACAUAUCCUCUUAUAAUGCUUAUUUUAAAAGAGAUAGGGAAAGAUAUGGUUACAACUUUUUAAAAACAAAACAAAUUCUUAUCCGAUUCACGCUAGUAUGAAUUGUCCACAGAAAUUAGUAUUUGCAUCGAUUUUUAUUCCCUUCGAAUUUUUGAAGAAUGAAAUGUUAUUUUACUAUCUAAAAUUAUGAUGAUCGUGCUACGCACAUCUGUAAUUUAUAUAAUACGAAACGUAAAAUUUAUUAUUUUAUAACUAUUAUAACCUUCAGAUUUGUUUUCAAGGAUAUGCUUAGCGUGGUUCCAGGCAAUAUAUAUAAUUUUUAAUAAAAAAUAUUGAACGUUGUUCAUUAUCUAUCUUCUCUUCUUGAAUUGUAUUUUUACUUUGCUGUGACAAUUACUAGAAGAUUAGAAGCUACAAAUAAAACCGGCUUUUUAUUUUUUCAUUUUAAACUGACAUUUACAUUUACAUAACCACUGUUUUCAUAACGAGCAAUUUUACUUUUAGACAAAGAUUUAUAAUGUAAUAUAAUACAAAUGUUGUACAAAUAUGUAUUAGACCUCACUGAUAAAAUAAUAAACUCAUUUAAAUAUUAA